UCAUACAAGAAAUGGCUGCUUCGAGAUGUAGUCCUACAAGAGAUUUAGUCCGAGUUUUAAUCAGGAUUCACCGCCUUUCCUCCACUUUAAGUGGAACAGCAAAUGACUUUCUGCGUGUACCAAACCCACAUGUUAAGAACCAAGAGGCAGGCCCUCUCAGAAAGUAUGAUGAAACAGUUAGAAGUGGAAAGUUAAAGCUUGAUGGACAUCAGAGGCAAAUUGUUGAGCACCUACAAAGAUUGUACAAUGAUGUAGUUAGUUAUAAGCCCACAAGUAGUGGGUUCUUUAGUAAGGUUUUUGGGUUGCAGAACAAUCAAGAAACUCCUCUAGGUCUUUAUCUUCAUGGCAGUGUAGGCUGUGGCAAGACAAUGUUAAUGGAUUUAUUUUAUGAUGAAGUUCCUGUGGAGAAUAAACAAAGAGUUCAUUUUCACUCAUUCAUGUUGGAUGUCCACUCAAGUAUUCACAAAUUAAAAGCCAGUCUUCCUCCAAGAGACCCUAAAUCCAUACGGGCACAGCCCUAUGAUCCCAUCCCUCCUGUUGCUGAGCAGAUCAGUUUAAAGUGGUGGCUUUUGUGUUUUGAUGAAUUUCAGGUGACAGACAUUGCAGAUGCAAUGAUUCUAAAAAGACUAUUCACAGCUCUGUUUGAACAAGGAGUUGUUGUGAUUGCAACAUCCAAUAGACAUCCAGAUGACUUGUACAAAAAUGGCCUUCAAAGAAGCAACUUCAUUCCUUUUAUACCUAUUCUUAAGAAACACUGCAAAGUUCUUUGUCUUGACUCUGGUAUAGAUUAUCGCAAAACAGAUAUGUCCUUUAUUGGAAAGGUAUUUUUCAGUUCUCUUGGAAAAGAGACAACCAGUGAACUGGACUGGAUAUUUGCUAAUUUGACUCAGCAACAGAGAAAUGAAAAUGCUGAGUGUAGCCCUGGUCCUAAAACAAUUCAAGUGCUUGGUACACGGAUGUUGAACGCUCCCCGUACUUGUGGAAGAGUCGCAGACUUUACAUUCGAGGAACUUUGUGCACAGCCCUUGGGAGCUGCGGAUUAUUUAGCCCUGUGCGAACACUUUGAUUGCAUUAUUUUGCGCGACAUUCCUAAACUGACAGUUUUUCAAAAAACAGAAGCGAGGAGGUUCAUUACGCUCAUUGACGCACUCUACGAUAAGAGGGUUCGUCUAAUAUGUUCAGCGGCCACCCCAAUCGGUCAGCUUUUUAACGCAACUCCUCUGACCACAAAUGACGACGAGUUCAAACGAAAGCUAAUGGACGACCUCGACCUAUCAGCUUCCGACGCAAACUCAAGCGCCAUCUUUACGGCCGAGGAAGAAAUCUUCGCAUUUGAACGCACCAUUUCACGACUCACUGAGAUGCAGACCGAGCAGUACUGGAACUGGCAAGGUUUCCGUAAAUCGUGGGACGUGUUUAGCAGUUGACAUGGCGCGUUUUUCUAGCUUAACUUGAUAUAUUCGUGUCCUUUUUAACCUUUCCCAUCCUUGGUCAUCUUGGUUCCUGUGUGGUUUAACCCCUUAAGUGUUUCCCCACCCCAGCAAACGGCCAUUGUAAGGUUUUAUUCUAUUUACAAGCUAUUCUCUCUUUCGUGACAUGGUAAUCAGAAGAUCGUGACGUACCAUCUUUGAUGCUCCAGUUCCCUUCCCUGCCACUACGUUGUGUCACGCAACGCCUUGUUUCCUCCAUUGUCUUGCGUGACCAAUCAAUGCCUUUCAAGGAGGCUGGUUGUUUUUUUUUCAACAUCCGGUCGUAUCAAUGUGAAUUACUUAACUCAUGAGCUCAAAGGGAGCAAAUAGACCCUCUCACUUAUUACUCUAUUAGAGGUGCUAUCCUUAUAUUGAAAGAAUUUGUGUACAGUCGGUUGAAUGUGGCAAGUUUUAAGUUGCGCUUCAGCAUGGCCGCGGCGUUGACGCCGCUGGAAUAUAUCUUUAUGUUAGUUUUAAAGAUAGAUAAAUUAUUAAUCAAAGCACGGGAAACAAUAGAAAUGGGAACGUUUGUAAUCAAACAAUGUUCUGUGCAGUAGGUUCUGGGUUUUAAAAAUUAUAACUCAUAUUUUUAUUUAUAAUUUAUAAGUUAUUGAUAAUCGCGUUUCGCUGUAACGCGCAGGCCAGCUACUUUUGUAUCCAAAGUUUUACAGUUUCUACAAUUUCCCUGUGAGAAUGAAAGAGGAAAAUUCUAUUCGUGGUGUUGAUAAGAAAAAAUUUACCAACCAAAUGAUUAAACUCAAACUAAGCAUGGGGCUUUUAUCCAACCUCGUUCCCAUGGCCUUUUCCCUAUCUUGGGGUUAGCCAAGUUCGCGGAUAUUGUUUAAAUCAAUUAACCAAUCAAAGUGACGAUUUCAUCGGCCGAUGCCUUUUCCCGCCCCACCCGCAAAUAAGGGAAAAGACGAUGGGAACGAGGUUGGCUUUUAUCGUCACACUUGUUUUCCUGCAACGAAAUGUUCGGUCGCAUGUGAAACUUCAUAUGAUGUCUGAUACACCCGGUUUGAAUCAGUGUAUUCAAGGAUUCGACCGUAAAAUUUGAGUGAUCUAACAGAAGGAUUUUUCCUUUUAUUUAGCUAUCACUAUAUGAUUAGCUAAAAACGUUGUUGGGAGGAAGCUUUGAAUAACUGUAGAGAUACAUACAGGUUUUCACUUCACUUUUAGCGUCAUUUCAUGAAUACAUCAUCUUUCCUACUUUUCAUAGGGUGUUCGGUAAUUUCACAAACCAAUUUUUUAAGCAGAGCACAAUUUUUUUCUAUUUAUCUUGGUACACAGGAAGGGAAAGAUAACACGUUCUAAGGUUCGAUUAACUGUGGUAUCAAAUUCGGGAAAACCCUCCCUUCUAUCGGAGAUAGAGUAGCACGGAAUAAGGAAAAUAAAAAAAGACCACAAUAUUUAUUAUCUUUC